AUGCAUCGCCAAUUCACGCUAGUUCCCGGCAGCCAAAAGGAAACAACCCGUUCACUCUUUUCGAAUUCCAACUACUGCAACUCAAUACAUAACCAUUCGACAUCAUACCGGAGUACCGACUCGGAUAUCACAGCGACCUCGCGCCCGCUCCUAGGCACUUGCAAUAACUACCUACCCGCUACUACAACUAUCACUCGGGGUAAAAAAUAA